CCGAACGCAGCGCCCAGGGCCGGGCCGGGUUCGGGCCCCGCCGGCGCGGGGCCGCCGCCCGCGGAAGAUGUGGGCGCACAUCUGGGGGUUCCUGUACAGCAACUACUUUCGGUUCUGGCUGAAGUGGAUCCUGCGGCUGCUGACGGGGAAGUGCGAGCUGCAGCGCGUCCUGGGCGGCGCGGAGGCGGGCGCGCGGCGGACGCUGAGCAUAGAACAUUCACUGGAGUCAUCAAAAAAUAAGGUUUUAAGAAAUGCUGUACAUGUUGAAGAAGCUGAAGUGGAGAAGUGUGUCAGAGAUAUAAUGAAAGAAAAGAAGAUUGAACAGAAGGAUACAGGGUUUAAGACAAAUUUGCAUAUAUCCUUACUGCAGAUAUCAGGUUAUAAAAAACUGUAUUUGAAUGUGGAAAACCUGAGGAAGGUCCCAUAUGAUUCAGAAAAUGAAGAACACGAGGAACAGUUAAUUGAGCUCUGGAAUUUGCUGAUGCCUUACGAGAAUCUGAAGGCCAGAAUCAGCAAACAGUGGUGUGACAUCGGCUUCCAAGGUGAUGAUCCCAAAACAGACUUCAGAGGAAUGGGGCUGCUGGGCUUAGUGAAUCUGGUGUAUUUUAGUAAGCAUUACACCAAUGAAGCUCGUCAGAUCCUUUCUCGAUCAAAUCACCCAAAGCUGGGAUACUCCUAUGCCAUAGUUGGGAUCAAUCUGACAGAGAUGGCAUACAGCUUGCUCAAGAAUGGUGCUUUAAAGGCUCAUCUCUACAACAUGGUCUCUGGGUUGCCACAGAUGGAGCACUUCCAUCAGUUUUACUGUUAUCUAGUUUAUGAGUUUGACAAGUUCUGGUUUGAAGAGGAACCAGAAAGCAUUAUGCACUUCAACCAGUACAGAGAGAAAUUCCAUGAAAAAAUUAAGGGACUUCUACUGAAUUGCAAUGUGGUACUGACCUUACAAGAUACAAAGAAACCUUAAUUCCUCUGCAGUAUAUGAGGUUCUGUAUCAAAAAUCGAGUGAUGCAUUUGGAUGGAAGUCUUGUGUUUCACCAAAAACUGUCUAACAAUAGAACUUUUCUUUUUAGAUUAAAAAAAGGAAAAUUAGCAAAAUUCAGUUAAGAAAGCUUGGACAAUCAACCUCUGUUUACAGGUAUUUUUAUGCUAUUCUCCAAAGGGCAGCUUUUUGAAAAGAAAGUGAAACAUAACCCAACCAACAAACUAACAAAAAAAACAACCCACAAAUCUGAAGAAUCUCUGGAUUGCUUACUUUUAAAUUUUAUUUUAUACUUCUUGGUGCAGGGAAAUUGAGCAGGUAUUUAUGCUGCAUCAUAUUUUCUAUGAAUAGGUUUGACUAUUAAUGGUCUUUUAAAAGACAGUUUAAGUUCAACUUUUCAACUUUGAAUUUAAAUUCCAACCUUUUAAUGUAAUAGUUGAAGUUCAGUUUUUAGUUGAAAUUAUUGUGGUUUUAGAUUUUUUGUGUUCUUGUUCCUAUAUAUGUCAUUGAUUGUUCACUCAACAAUGUUGAAUUUCUUUGUAAUUAAGAGGUCCUCAAAGGGGACAUAUUAUUUGUUUAUAAUUUUGGAGAAGAGGCUUAAUCCAUCAGCGUACUGAUGUACUUACUAGAAAUGACUUCUGGAUAAGGAAGUUUAUCUAUGGAUUUGUACCAGCCAAUUCCUAUGCUUGGAAGAAGUUUAGUUUGCAAACAAACAAAAAGAACCACGUAUCAUCAGCAUGAGGAUAAGAUCCUCAGGCUAAAGCUACUCUUCCUAAAAGUAUUCCUACUGUAAAAACUUUUGAUUCUUUCUAAUCUGACUUCAAGUGCUGAGCAUGAUUGACUCAGUAUCUGUUGUCAGCCCUUUCUUUUAGCAGCUAAGGGGGUAUUCUUAGUGGGACGUACAACAGAUCUAGUUUAGCCCUUUUAUAAAGUUUAAAGAAAAACCUUUAUUGCAGCCACAAUCCUUAUUUUGUAAAAAUGAAUUCACAUCUGAGUACAAGUCUAAAAAAGAUGUAUUUUCCAUGGAAGGGAUGCAAAUUUGAUGUGUUCCUUAGUCGUGCCAUCCUCAGACAAUCUAGUAAAUAGAAAUUCAUGCCUGUAUUGUGACUAAUUAUUGCUUAGAGCAACUUUAAAUGGAUUUGGUAUGACCAUCACUUUGUUUUCUAAGACCUUCUAUUAAAUAAGUGCCUUCUGCAGUUUUCAAUCAGCUUUUUAUUUUGAUUCUUCUAGCUAGAUCACAGCCUUAGAAACUUGAGUAAUUUCAGAAAGAUUUUUUUCACCAUAUACCUAAAUAGCUUACAGUGGCACAAAAUUUGUAAGCUAAUACAAGCUUUCAUAUUUUUUUUUAAUCAUCUCAGGUAAACUAGUUAAUUUCUAGUCAACGAGUUCUCCAGAAGAGAUUCCUGAAGAAUAUAAGCAUUGAACACAGUAAAUGCAAGCAUGAGAAGGAAAAAAAAAAAAAAAGACAACCCCCUUUUUGUAAUGAGUGUUAUUACACUACAUAAGUAUGAAAAAUAAUAUGUAAUAUUAUUAUAAUACGAAUUUCUUAGAGAUCAUCAAAACCCACUUGGACAUGGCCCUAAGCAGCCUCCUUUUAGGGACCCUGCUUUAGGCAGGGGAUGGGACUUGGGGAUCCCCAGAGGUGCCUUCCCACCCCAGUAAUUCUGUGAGUCUGUAUUAUGUAAAUAGUGACUUGUUGCACUGCAUCCACCCUUGUGCUCUUGAUCCAUUAAAUGCUGGGGAUCUCUUGCUUGUGGGGAAGCCCCUGAUCAGGGUACACAGUACACGUAUAUGGGGUAACACAGUUCUCUUUUCUUUUUAUGAUUCCUUAGGUACAGACAAGAGUCAAACAAGUUGGAUGCGUGCAGGGUGGGGAAGGGGUCAGUCUCACCUGUGUUGGGUUGAUGCUGUUCUACCAACAUAAAAAAACCCCCAAAACCCAAAAAAAACCACUGUGAAGAUGGUCAUAGGGAGAAUAUUUAUGGUUUGCCCUGACUUGUAAACUGAGCAGCUGAACUGGCCAGAUUAGAUACAAUCUGACAAUGGGAAGCCCAGUUCUUUUGCUACUCCCCUGUACUUGGAUCCUGGAAUUCUCACCAGUGAAGAGCUGAGGUCCAUGGAGAGCAUUCUGGGAUUCAGGUCCUGUGGUGGAGCUCUGUUUCUCUGAGCCUUGCAGAUACUGGACAUGCCACAAAUCCAAGGAAGGAAGGAAGUGGAAAGUGGACUCUUCCAGUGGCCCAAGUGGUUAUUUUCUAGCCCCAGCUUCUCUUGGGUUUGUCUCCAUUAAUAACUUUCUCUACUGUUUGUAGAUCUCCUUUGCAAGCAACAUGAGACUGACAUUUUGAAUUUCAGAAGUGACCCCAAUUAUGUUUGGCAGCAGCCAGCAAAGGAGAUCCUAUUUGUUUCCAUCUACUGCCUGCCAGCUAGUUACAAGAUUGUUUGAGCCAUCUCUAAAGGCUCAUCUGAGCUGUCUGCAAGCUUUUUUUUUUGCAACAGUUGCAAAAAAAAUCUGCACCCAUGUAUUUUCAGCAUUGAAACUUUCACUGGACUCCUUGUUCACAGGGAGACUGACAUUUAACUAUUGCUGAGGCUUCUAAAGCCCAACCAUAGAGUUUCAGUAUUCCUAUCACACACCUGAGAUGUUUUAGUGUCAAAUGUAGUUCAUGCUUUUAAUAAGAUGCAUCUUUGCUAGUUUUUUUCUUCUUAAAUCAAUAGGUGAUCUGGAAGUAAACUGUGGCAGUACAUGAGGAGAAAAAGUAAAUGCAACCAUCAUCAGAUGAGUGAGACAUAUGGGAAUACAUUAGUUUGCAUGUAGUAAUUAAGGUGAAUGUUUAUGUUAGGCUCCAGUGCACCUUCCCAGGAAAUCGUUAGAAUUUGCAUGUGGUUUUGUAUGAUCAACUAGCCCAGUAAUUCUGUCUAGGAGUCACUCACUAUAUGUAGACUAGUACUGGGUGUCCCUGUUAGCACCAGUGGUAGGUUAAUUGUAUUAUGGUAGUAGUUAGAAAAUGUAUUGAAAAAGGUAAAAUUGUGUUUAGAGAAGGCAAGAACAAGGCUUUACUAGUCAGUCGUAUUUUAUGCUAACCGUUGUAGGGUGACAAUCCUAAGGUUAUGAAAGACUGGAAAUGGAGGUAGGACGCUUUUCUGCAAGUUGGUAUAAUCUUUAAACAUCAGAACUUGUUGCUCACAGGUUAUUCUAAGGGUCUUAAAAGCUCAGUAAAUUGUUAUUUAUAACCAUCAUGUUUUAAGUACAUAUCUUACUAGAACUUGCAAGUGCUGUUAGUUUUCUAACUUGCUGCCUCUUUAGAACAUUCACUGUGUGAAAGCUUGUAUGCAAUAGUAUUUUAAGAAAAAAAAUUAAAACUGGAGACAAGGUGGUUCUCUAAAUUUGUUGUUGUUCCUGUAGCAACUGUUUAAACAAUAAAAGAUAGUUUGUUAGUGUAUGCUUGAAACAUGGUGCCACUCUGUGAACAAAGAUGCUCAUAGGGAUGAAGAUAAGCAGAAGAUAAGCGGAAGUUUACCACAAGCAAUUGUAAAAUCUAGUCUUUCACUAAGUAAACACAUUGUUUCAGAAGUAACUAAUUUGAUUGGAAAGCCAUCUGAAGACAAUGCUACUGAGGAAGAAAGAAACAAUGUUUUUAAACUGGUUGUGCUUCUGUCAUCUGAUAAAGCCAUGUAAAGAAUAGGGCAUUUUGUCCUAAUGGGCAAUAGUAAAAGAGGUCAAUUUAAACACCUCAGAUAAAGAGUUUUGGACUUUCAGUCUUUGAAAAACAAAACAAAAAUGCAAACAAAAAUUAAAUGCACACACACAGCCCUAUUGGUUUUCCAAAUUUUCCAUCCUAGUUUAAAUAAAAUUUCACCAAAAAGUUACUUAGCCUUGUUUUAGGAAUGAUGACGAAAAAGUUUGUAUUUAGGUAGGUGGGAGUUGAGCAGUCAGUAUUCUUGACAAUACUGCUAGUGCUGUGUGGUGAUGUAACCCGUGGUUUCCUUCUGUCAUUCUUGUUUGUGUUGCUGUAGUACCAUGGUGACCCAUCUUUGGACUGGUUGUUUCUUGUGCCAGUCUAGAUACUGUCUUUCUCUAGGGAAUUAAGAACAGCCCAGCCCAAGACAACUUGUGGGCAGUUUCUUAUGACACUGUGCUUAGAUAGCUGCAUACUAAUAGGAAUUCCUGUUUAACACAAUAUAAAAGCAAUAAUGUAAACCAUGAUGUCUGUGUAAUAGAGACGUUUACAAUGGUAGCAAAUAAAGAACGGGUUAUUCCAAAAUA